GUAGUCUCUCAUGUUUGUACUUUGCCAGCCUGAGUCUGAAAUUAGUGCUCGAGACAGACGGCCAUCAAACACACUGCCAUCAUGCUGAUUCUCCUCGCCGGCAUCUUUGCCCUGCACAUCAUCGCCAUCAUCCUGCUCCUGGUGGCUACCAUCGACAAUGCUUGGUGGGUGACUGAAACCAUAUCUACUGAUGUAUGGGCCCGGUGGAUAUAUAUGAAUGGACAGUGGAACUACACUGAUCUUCCAACAGGCUCACACUACCCACAGGACUACCUCCAGGCAGUGCAAGCCAGCUCAGUGCUUGCUUGUAUCUUCUCCAUCCUCGGAAUUUUUGUGUUUGUAGCUCAGCUCUUCACUUUGAACAAAGGACAAAGGUUCACCAUCUCCGGCAUUUUCCAAGCGCUCGCCUGCCUCAGCAUCAUGAUCGCAGCUUCCAUCUACACAGACCGCUUCCAUCUGGAUGAGAGUACAGGUUCCUAUGGUCACUGCUUCAUCCUGGCAUGGAUCGCCUUCGCGCUGACCUUUAUCUCCGCCAUCACUUACUUUGUUCUACGCAAAAAGACUGCGUGAGAAUAACAACUAGCGUUGACACAGUCUACCCAAAAUUUUUUAGGCUGGUUCCAUUGUUUUUGCAAAAACCUGAUCUUUAGUUACUGAGCAAUAGCAAGUUGCAACAUUCCACGAUGGCAGUAAAACAGAGGCACAACCAAUUAAAGUUGUGUUGGAGUGAAAUAUUAUUUGCAGACACUUUGCAUAUGAUGCUAAACAAAUUUAAAAGCCAUCACUAGUUUCCAGAAACAAAACGGGCUUUUACAAGUCAAAUUGUGAUCUUCUUUGUACAUUUAAAUAUGGAUAUAAGUGGCUAAAUAGGAAGGGGUGAGUCUAAUAUUUUUCAAGUUUUUUUCCCGUUAUUUUAUUGUAAGUUUAUCAACUUAAAUUCAUAUAAUUUCUGUGGUCUUACUUCAUGAUAAGUGUUACUAAAACUAAUUUUGGUGCUGCCCCAACAUGAUGACAUGAAGCCAAAAUGAUUUUGAAGAUUUUGAAGGUUAUUCAAAUUUAUGUGUCAAGGUUGGGUUUGAUUUUGGAAUUAUUUAAUAUUAAAAAGAGUGUAAAAGGACUAAUUCUAAAGACAAAAACCUCAGUCAUUUUCAUUCCCUUCUAAAUGAUCUUUUUCAUGUUAAAAACUUUGCCAUAGUCAAAAUAAAUAAACCAAUGAUCUUACGCCUUCACUGCCUUUCAAAUGUCAUUGCUGACUUCGGAAUUGACACAAAAAACUGCCUUUACAUACUAUAUGUAAAUAUGUUUCCUUUUAUUCUUUGUAUAUCUAAUGCUGUUCUGUUUUGUUCUUUCUCAUGAAUGACAAUGACAAUGAUUUUUACUAUAAUAAUAAAAAAAAAGUUUUCCAACCAAUUAUUGCAAUUUGA